CGGAGCGUCACUUCCACUCACAGCUCGCUGCCUCUCGCUCUUUCUCUCUCCGUCCCGGCGCCACCUCAACCAGCAAGAUUUCGCCCGCCAGGAGACCGGGCGAGAGAUCCCAGCCCGACUUCCAUCUCGGUCGCAAGUCGCUGGUGGCGGCGGCAGUCGGGGUGGCGAUGGUGCUGAUUCUGGUCAUUGUCAUCCCGGUGCUGGUCAGCUGGCUGGGCACGGCCGCUCACUACCAGAUGCUGGGCACCUGCCGCAUGGUGUGCGAGCCUUACCUGGGCAGCAACCCCAGCGCCAGUCCCGGGCUGGAAGCGCUGAGCGAGCAGCACCUGGCGCCUCCAUCCACCCUGCUCCAGGGAGCUCCGGGCAAGCCGGGACGUCCCGGCAAACCGGGGGCUCCGGGCCCUCCAGGAGAGCCGGGACCCCCGGGACCGAGGGGGCCGGCGGGGGAGAAGGGGGAGGCGGGCAGGCCGGGGCUGCCGGGUGCCCCCGGGGCCGGCCCGGGCGCUAUCAGCGCCGCCACCUACAGCACCGUGCCCCGGGUGGCCUUCUACGCCGGCCUGAAGAACCCUCACGAGGGAUACGAGAUCCUCAAGUUCGACGACGUGGUGACCAACCUGGGCAAUCACUACGACGGCUCCAGCGGCAAGUUCACCUGCUCCAUCCCCGGCACCUACUUCUUCACCUACCACGUCCUGAUGCGGGGCGGAGACGGCACCAGCAUGUGGGCAGACCUCUGCAAGAACGGCCAGGUGCGCUCCAGUGCCAUAGCGCAGGACGCCGACCAGAACUAUGACUACGCCAGUAACAGCGUCAUCCUCCACCUGGACGCGGGGGAUGAAGUUUACAUUAAACUGGACGGUGGCAAAGCGCACGGAGGCAACAACAACAAGUACAGCACCUUCUCGGGAUUUAUAAUCUACACCGACUGAGGCGACAGCUCCUGUAACAGGAUCCGCUCCACUUCACGGUCCCGUCUGGGUGCAAUCACUGGAAGGGGGGCAGCGUUUCCCAGUCACCAGCUGCCGCCAGCCGGGGCCGCGCCUCGCUAAUUCUUAUAGUCUGUUAAGGAUAUUUAUCUUCAAAAUUGAUUAGUGUCUGAGACCCGGGCUCGCAGUGCUCCUGCGGCCGGCUGUUUUCCUGAGGCUUUCUUGGCGGUGACGCUUGAUUUGGAUCUUUCUCAGCUCGGUUCCUGCCCCUCAAUAGAUGUCACCUGAAGCAGGUUGAGUCAGCCACUAAUACUUUCAUGAAUAACUUCUAAACUAUCAGCAGCCCUGGGAGUGGACUGGAGACUGCACUCCGGACAGAGAGGACAAGCACCUUGGCAAAGACCCAGAGUUUCGGGGUGGGGCGGGCAGCGAACGCACGCAUCUGGCCCCCUGUAAUGUGACUUGUUUUCAU